GUCUGUCGACCUUGGUGCUGGUAGACAAUUUCAAUGACUUUCCUUGAAUACUACCGACUAACUCUAUAAUCAGGGAUCAAUAGAUAAGGUCAUGUUGACAAAUUAGACCAAUAAGAGGUUGUCAAAUAUUACGUGAUUAACAGAAGAAUGGCUUUCAUUUGCAAGGGAUAAAACAAACUAAAGUCUAUUUAGUACUGUAUGAUUUUGCGUAUGGUGAAUUCAAAUUCAAACGUUAUCAUUUAAAAUAUACAUUGGAUUCAAGUUUAAAUAAUUGGGAAAUCUAAACUUCCUUUUCCAUCUGAAAUUUGUUCAGAUUGGUUAAAUUAAAAAGUCUUGGAAUUAAUUUUUAUUACAAGAUGGUGAAAAUUAUUUCGUUAACUUAAACUUUCUUUGAUAAAAAAAAAGAUAAAAUUUAACUGAAUAUUUACUAUGACAAGUAGUGAAUGUAAAAGUAGAAUUAACAGUACAGUUGAAUGUCCUGUAACAUUUGGGAAUAAUAAUAAUCAAAAACAAAUAAGUAUUGGCCGUCCACCAAGUUCAAUAAGUCUAAUAACUGAUCAAUUAAAAUUAUCCAGUUUAAAUGAACGUGAUCCAUGUAUGACAAUGCGAAUGAUGAAAAUGACAGUUGGAGUAAUGCCAACAAUAACAACAACUAGUAAAUCAAUGAAUACAGGACAACAUAAUAUCAAUUGUGAAUAUUAUGGUUUGAAGACAAUAAAUGAAACAAGAAAUGCUUCUUCAAUGCCUAUGCACUCUGUUAUUGGUUUACAAGUGAAACGUAAUAUCACUAGUAAUGAUAAUGAUAGUACAAUUAUUAACAAUACAGAUUGGAGAAGUGGAUCAAAAGAUUAUCAUCAUUCACGUACUGUGCACUUUCAUGAUGUAUUUACGCCAAGCUCUAGUGUUUGUUCUUCUCUCAAGUCUACUAUAUCAGAAUUUGAAGAUGGAAGUGAAAUAAUUAAUCUUGAGCCGAAUUCGUCUUCUCUCCAUCUCUUAUCUGCAAGUGCUCCAGCUACAAAUUAUUCAUUAAAUUCUAUGUCAAAUGUAUCAAAAUUCAACGAAAUACAAUCUUUUCAUCAACAUUAUCACCAUAUAGAUCAUCCCUAUCAUCCUCAUCUCCAUCAUCAUCAUCGUCAUCACCACCAUCAUCAUCAAAUUAAUAAUAAUAAUAAUAAUACUGCUACACCUUCAACAUGUACAUUCAACUUUUCAUCAGCUUCAUUUCCUUGUUCUGUAGAUGAUAAAGUUGACCAUAUAAAUGUACUAAUUAAUCAAUUUAAUGUACCAUGUAAAACAGUAUGUUCGUCUCCGUUUUCUUCCUCUUCUUCAUCAACAUCAUGUUACUUUUGUUCAGUUUGUUGUUCUUGUUGUCUAUUUGAAGUAAAUAAUUCUUCAUAUUCACAUAUUCAACACUUACAUGACCGUUUACCACCAGCAAAACGUGUUUGUCGUUCAACAAGUUCAAGUUCUGAUAUACAUUCACAGACAUCUUCAUCAUAUGGUUAUUCUUGUCGUCCGUUUCCAUUUAUAAUAUCAUCUUGUUCAUGUUCUUCAUCUUCUCACAUACCACCACCGCCGUCAUCAGUCUCAUCUUAUCGUCAUUGUGAUAAAUGUAAUAAUAACAAUAAUGGCAAUAAUAAUAACAAUCAACAUAGUUCUUCAGCCAUGUUGAAAACAAUGCAGUCAUAUAUGAGGACUCUUCCACGACCAAUUGCAGUACGAUUAGAUUCAAAAAUGGCAUAUAAUGAAAGGUCAAAAAGUUGCACUAAUAUGGAUAACGUCAAAUUAUUAAAUUCUAAUGACAAUAAUGCUAAUAAUGGUGGUGGUACCUUACGAAAUAAUAAUAAUACUCCUAAUAAUCAUGGUGUUAUUCUACGUCCAAAACCAUCGGAUUUAACCUCUUCUAAUAAAAUGAAUAAUGGAUCACGUAUUAGUUGGCAUCAUCCAUUGUUUAACUUUGGUUCUGGAGCUGCUCAAACUAAGUGUAACAAUAAUAAUGGUAAUAAUUUAUCUUCACAAGCUGAAGUUAAUGAAGUCACUAUGCAACAUAAUAACUCUCCUACAGACUUUCCACAAGCACAUUCAGAUAAUUUACAAAAAUCUAUUCGUCUACGUAAUCGAACUACACAUAGUAAUAGCAGCGGUGGCAGCAGUAUUAAUAAUAAUAAUAGUAAUACUAAUAAUAAAAGUCAGUUCGAUCGUGUUCAUCAUCGUCCAAGUCAUAUAGAAAUUAAAGAUUCACACGACUCUUCAUUGUCAAUUCAUGCAUUGCCUAGUCCUUCAUCAGCAUUCACUCCAACCAGGGCAUCAUUUGGUAGUUUCCCAAUGGAUGUUAACUUUUCCGAAUUUUCACUUUCUCCUACUACUGAGUCAAUAUCUUCUUCAAUUCAAAUAACUACUCGAACUCCUUCAUCUGGAUUUUAUGAAGCCUCAUUUUUCGGCUUGUCUGAAGCAUCUAGUUUGCCAGAUUGUUCGAGAUUUGGUGUAUCUUCAGAUUCUGGGCCAAGUUCUAAUCAUCAUUGUAAUUGUGAUUGUCAUCAACGUCGUCAACAUUAUCAUCACCAUCAUAGACGAAAUCAAACAAACACAUCAAUCGAUAUUAAGUCACUAAAUCAAUCUGGUGAUAUGUCAAGUAAACUGACAGAUUUAGAACCAUGCUUUAAAUUAGAAGAUAGUGAGCCUAAUAUUAAUGAUAAUCAUCAGAGUAGAAAUGUUAGUAGUAGCAGUAGCAGUAGUAGUGAUAGUAGUAGUUAUUGUUGUAGUUAUUCUUUACCAUCAAUGAAAUGUAUGCUUCGAUGUUGUUCACAGCCUAAUGAUGAUACAAUUUAUGAUAUUAAUUAUCGACAUUCACCUCAUUGCUCUAGAACCGGGAAGCAUAUACAUCAAUCACCUACUACUAACACGUCUACAUUUUUCACUACUAUUUCUACGACUGCAAUGAUGAUGACGACUAAGACAUCAACAACAACUUCCAGUAAUAUCACCAUCGCCAACACAGCAGCUGGAUUAAAACGUAGACGUGGACCAAGUGGUGAAUGUAGUAAUCAAUAUUAUAGGGAUACUGAUUUUCACAAUGAAUCCAAUAAUUAUCAUCAUCACAUUCAUGAGGAGGAGAGGAAGCAAUUAUUGCCACAUGAGGAAUUACCACCUUGUAAUUGUUGUAUGUUUAAAAGAACAAUAGACCAAUUAAAAAACAAUUAUGAUGGUAAAUCAUUGUCUGACAUUGAACAUCUAAAUUAUAUAUCUACAAUUUUAUCAAAUAGUAGAUUAGAUGAUAACUUAGACUGUCACCAUCGGCAUCACUAUCAUCAACAUCAUCAGUAUGCUUUUCCGUGUCAUGAUGUACAGCGGCAUUCAAUAUUUCCGUCCACUGAUCAACAAUCAUCAGUGAUUCCUUCCUAUUCUUGUUCUUCUUCUUUUGCCGCCUCGAAAUGUUUGUCCAUGUUUGAUGCAAAUAAAUAUCAAGAUAAUGCCACUUUAAUUGAAUCUGAUGUAAAUGAUGAGCAUUAUCACUGUUUGUCUUCUACUGCAUCAUCAAUAAAACACUGUGCACAGUCUAAUUUGAAAAAUACUACAUUGAUGACAGAUAAUAAUGAAAAUGGUAAAAUUACUGAAACUUUAGACGAUAAUUCAUGUUCUGUCGCCAGCUCUGUAGGAAAUCCAUGCUACAUAACGUCAUAUGCGGAUAAAAAUAAAUACAAUGCUUAUAAUAUCAUUUGUGGACAGGAAUAUGAACAUUGUUCUAGUGUUUUUUCUGAAGAAAACUUUAUACAUCGUUACAUGCACAAUGAAUUAGGAAAACUUUAUGAAAUGACUGAAGAUGAAAAGGAACAUGAAACACCUGAAACAAUGAUUGAUGAAAAUAAUAGUAAUAAUGGUAGAAUAUCUGAGACAAAUUAUCAUCAUCCCAUAAUUUCACUGUCAUCGCCAUCAAUUCAUGAAAUUGCAUUUACCCCAAUUCAUCCAUCAACAAAUAUUGAAUGGGAUAAUUCAGAUGAUAGAAGUAGUGAUAGUUGUAGAAUACCGGCAUACAAUCAUCCAGAUGUGUUGUUAAACGAAUCAGUUGAUACAACUUUACAAGAUGAUAGUACUGGUAGACAAGUGUUACUUUUUACACCAUCAACGAGUUCAAACUCUGAUAGAGAAUCAGAUGACAUGAAAAGUAUUCUUUCUCCACAAACACCUAAUCGCCAACGUAUCUCUUCAGACAUUCUACAAAAAAAAUCAAAUAACAGCAAACAAACAUUGUCUUUCACGGAUCUGGACUUGGAAUUGAUCGAGAAUGACUAAAUUACGUGAUGAUAUGUGUUUCCUCUCCAGAUUCUCUUCAUAUUAAUUUGUCAUCUUCAUUGGUAAAACAAUUUAUUCACUGAGUGAAAUCAGUUAAAUUAGAUAUUACUUUCAUAGUAUGUAUUAUAAAUUUUGAUAUUUAUAAUAUAUUUUUUUGACUGUAUUCAUCUUAUGAACUCUGCCUAUGGCUUUUUUUUGUAAAUUUGUACAUAUCAGAAAAUAUACUACCCUCAGAUCCAACUCAUAAAUGUCCCAUCAUUAUUU